CCUCCUCCUUCGCCUCUUCCUGCCUCCUCCCGGCUUCCGCCGCCGCAGACGCUGCAGCCGAGUCCGAGCCCGAGGCGAAGCUUUUCCGCACUCAUUUCCGUUUCCUCGCCCCUGCAGCCUCCUGACACGGUGAUCCGGGCGGGCCCCGCGGGCGUUUUAUCCCCUCACCGGCCUCACACUAGUGUCGCAUGUCCACUAUCCAGAACCUCCAAUCUUUCGACCCCUUUGCUGAUGCAACUAAGGGUGACGACUUACUCCCGGCAGGGACUGAAGAUUACAUCCACAUAAGAAUCCAGCAGCGGAACGGCAGGAAGACACUGACGACUGUUCAGGGCAUCGCAGAUGAUUACGACAAAAAGAAACUGGUGAAGGCUUUCAAAAAGAAGUUUGCCUGUAACGGUACUGUGAUUGAACAUCCUGAGUACGGGGAGGUUAUUCAGCUUCAAGGCGACCAAAGAAAAAAUAUUUGCCAGUUUCUCUUGGAGGUUGGCAUUGUCAAGGAGGAACAGCUUAAGGUUCAUGGAUUUUAAAAUGAACCUAAACACGUGGAGAAUUUCUUGAAUAAUUUUGUUCUCUAAACCUAGUUUGGCUGCCUUGUGAAAUGAUUCUCUGCAGUAAACGGACUUUUCAUUUAUUUAAUCAUUCAAGCUUGCAUUCACAUCUGCAUGAUUACAGAAGACACGGGGUAUGUAGCCUAGUAACACAUAAGAAAAUUGCAGUAAGAUGGUAACAAAACCCCGUAUUCAUCUUAACGUGUUUCCAAUGGAAAAGAUUUUGUUUUGAGUGUUUAUUGUUCAGUUUUAGUUUUCACUUGAUUAAAUGUUUUUUUUUUGUUGUAUUAAACCACGUAUGUUGCAGCUUAACAAUAAAAAAAAAAACUGAAUCCUUUUUUGAGCAGUUAUGCUCUCAAGUCUAAGCAAGUUACAUAUACAUACAUGUUUUGUAUUUCAUGAUUGGAAUUCUCAGUCUGCAAAGUAUUCUUUCUAAGUUGCUUUAGCUGCUGGUAAACCCAAAGAUAGACCCUGUGUUAUAUGUACACUUGAGUGGCCUGUGUUCUUCACUUACUGACUAAAAAGAAUAGAAGCAAGAAAGAAACUCAGCCAGAGCCACUGCUCCUCGCAGUCCAACUAAAACUUGUCAUCAAACGUGUCAGAAUGUCAUGUUUAAUUUUUAAGGAGUGCGUCUAAGCUUCACUAUUAGCAGAGAGUUGUUUUUUGUGUUUUAUUGAUUGUUACUGUGUUGCCAACAUAAAUCUGUCCCUAAGUGCCAGGUAUUUACAGUGGGCUCCUAGUAUAAAAUGUAUUUAAUUUAGUUAUGGGAACUGCCCUGCCUAGUGCUGGUAGGUGUUAUCACCAUUUCACAUAUACUGGAGUUCAGGUUAACUUCCCUAGAAGUGCUAGAAAGUGUCAGAGUUGGAGUGCCAGCCCAGGGCUUCCAGAUAAAAAAGCCACACUCACUGUACCGUGGGUUUUGGUACGUGUUUCACCGGAGGGAAGCGGAUGGAGAGCCAUGGCUGACAAUACGUGGAGAAAAAGUAAUAACGUGACUUGUAGUUUGUAAUAAUGAGGUGCGUGCAGCUCGUUUUCUUGUGUACCAGGCUUCCGUUUCUUACUGAACGUUAGUUAUUUGCUCAGUUACACAAGCCGAUAAAACCAUUUAGCCGGGGUAAAGAAGGGCAUCCGUAACUGUGUCCUAUUUAGCUUAAUGCAGUGAGCUAACGAUGGUGUCCAUCACUUGGGUGACUACGUUCUCUACCAGCUAAGUCCUUCCCUGUAUUCUGAUGCUGCUGCUUUUGGAAAAAGCAAAACAGCUCCUACGGAGUUUGCCUCUUCAGGGUCCUAAGUAAUAGGUUCUGCUCCUUUUUCCACUCCGUCUUACCUGUAGUCAAGAAAGAUAGACUAUAAAAGGUGAGUAUAACAGAACAUAGUGUCAAAUUUGGUAGAUAACAAUGUAAUUUUAUCACAAAGAUCAAGAUGUUUGGGAUAAUCUUCAACUUACUUAGAAACCCCUGCUUUUCUACCCAUAACGUGUUGUAAUUAUACCUCUAAUUGAAGGGUGCCAUGGAAAUUGUAAAGCAGAAAGUUAUAUUAAUAUGUACAUUAAAAUGUUGUCUGAAUACAUCUGUUGAGAGCUAAGCUAGUGGCCAGAGAAAAAUUAUCUGUUAAGAUGAGAUUUAUUGUACAAAGAAAGUUGACGGGUGAGGGAUGCUUCCUAGCUGGGAAGAAAAGGCCCCUUCUGAUCAAAAGAUCAAGCUCUUGGUCUUCAUGUGUCAGGUAUGGGAUCCUGUGUCAGAUGGGAUCAAAGCCUUGAGUAAUCUCCCUUCUUUGGAGUUUGUGAGGAGCCCUUGUCUUCCCUUCAGCUUACGAACCCCGAGACCUGGUUAGACUCAUCACCCGUAGGGCUCCCAUCUUUAGUAGACUACAUGCCCUUUCGUACUGUCUUUGAGCGACACAGUGGGGAAAAGGGCAUAAUUAAGGAUAUCCGGAUUUCUGCAGUUUUACUGAAACUAGUCAGAGGAUGGAAUCAGCACUUGGGGUAAAGCUGCCUGGCUGGAAACCUCAGGUAUUUGAGAGCAUGGGAACAGGGCUGAUGGCUCUUGUCUGCCCCACUGGAAAAAGGGACUGGGAGGCUUUGUAUAACAGGAAGGAAGGUUGUAUCUUACAGAUGCAGUAAAAACAACAGCCAAAUGGGGCAAUUCCUUGUGCUUCCCAUAUUGGAAGAAUCUAAUCUGCGGUUUCUUCAGUGGCCAAUGCUUCAGGGUGCAAAGCGGAAGAAUAUUGAGCAGAGGAAAGUAAAUUUGGCAGAAGUCUUUAGGAAGCCAUUAGGAAGUUAGAACUAUGGAUCGAGGCACAGCUUGGAGUGAUGGGUUAUUGGCAGCAGUGCCCUCUACCUUUCGGUACCCUUCCUUCCCCCACUGCCAGAGAGGAAACCCUGAGGAAGCAGCUUGCUCUGCCCACUUAGGGACUGAAGUAACAGCCUCUCUCUUGACUUCCUUAGAGGGCCACUGAUAACGGAAGAAACAGUUCUAGUCCUAGUCAGGAUGGCAGUUAACCAAAGUAACUUGGAAAGCGUGGAAUGGCACCUUAGGCAGCUGUGUGCCACCAGUCCCCAGUGGGGCCCCAGCUAAAGGAAUGUGUGGUUACAGCUCAAGAGAAAACCUCCUUGCCCACAGAGACAUGUUCCAGGGACCCCUGAAGAGUCCCUUUUCCAAGGCAGGAAGCCAUGUGGGAUGAGCAAAUGAAGGAGGCGUGGCUGUGCUGUGACUAAAACUGCAACAAGCUUGCUCACUUGACAGGCAGGCAGCAGCAGACAGGCAGACGACAUGGGGUUGUCUGGGAUUGAGGGGCCCAGUGAAUCAGCUGGAAUUCAGGAUGCCUUAGCAUCGACAGCUCCUUCCACGUGACCGUGCAGGCACUUCCUCCAUUUCUGGUAGUGGAAACAUGGGGGAAAAAAAUCCGAGAAAUGCUUUUUUUUUUCACUUCUGGAAAACCAGAGUGAAAUUAGUGCCGGUAAGAGGGGGGAAUGCCAGUGUUUGAAUAGUCCUAAUCCCUGCAUUAGUGUUUUGGAUGACGUGUGGCCUGUGAGGGUUAUCUGACGUGCGUGAUGGACCUAAAAGCAGUUUAAGCUUGGCAUUGAUGCAUGAGGAUGCCAGCGAGGUCAGGUGGCUCACCUGUUAGCUCAUCAGUCUAGUUUUGAACAUCGCAGGAGAGUGGCAGAUCUGCCUAGCUGUAGCUCUGCUGCUGGUAAAUUGACUCACCUGGGGGCCUGAUGCCGAGUCAAGGUACCUCCAUCCUAACUAGUGAACUUUUGUGGCAUAAAAGGGGCUAAACCCAAAAUCCCAUACAGAAUCUAAAUGAUCUGAGCCCUCCUGCUAAACUUCAGCUACAGCCCUCUGCUCUUGCCUGGAAGGUUCUGAAGGCUCUCCUGUCCUGCCCCAGAAGGAGGCUCACUUUAACUCCAGGCUUUGUUUCAGUGUCUCCUUCACAUGUUCUUAACAGGACUUCAAGACCUCUCCUCCUCAGUCCAUUGGUCAGGAACAACAUACACUGGGGAGCGGAGAUAGAAGCAAAAAUUAAUCCGUGUUAACUGUGACAAAUUCUGCAGGGAAGACAUCACCAGAGAGGAAUUUGGAGGGAGGUAUAAUCCCUUGAAAGGAGCCCUGGUGGCACAGUGGUUAAAUGCUCAGCAGCUAACCAAAAGGUUGGUGUUUGGAACUCUCCAGCUGCUUUGUGGGAGAAGGAUGUGGCAGCCUGAUUAUGUAAAGAUUACAGCCUUGGAAACCCUGUGGGGCAGUUCUACUGUGUCCUGUGGGGUGGAUGUGAGUCGGCAUCAACUCAACAGGAAUGGGUUAGGUUAUGAUCCCUCGAAGUAGGAAAAAGGAGGCCUGCCCAGUCUGGUCAGAAUCGGCUACUCUGCUUUACUGCCAUUGACUUGUAAAAACUCAGGACAUAAACAUGAUGUUCAGAUCAGACUACCAGCACGUGAGCAGUGAGACACACUAAAUGGGACCAUUAGUGUCCUACUUGGUUGACCAAAGAUAGUUGCUUAGAAAAACAGGGUACCCAGGGAAUUACUACUAUUGAGGAAGUAAGGAAUUAAGGGAGAGGGAUGGCCCAAGGAGAAGAGGGCAAUUAGGGUUUCCCUGAGUUGGAAUUUUUUUUUUUUUUUGGUUUAUGUAGUCCUUUAGGAAACCUUAGUGGCGUCGUGUUUAAGACCUACAGCAGCUAACCAAAAAGUCAGCAGUUCGAAUCCAGCAGGUGCUCUUUGGAAAAUAUGGGGCAGUACUACCGUGUCCUUUGGGGUUACUAUGAGUUGGUCUACUUGAUGGCAAUGGGAGUUUUUUUUUUUUUUUUUGGUAGUCCUUUACCACCCCCUUGUGGUAACUUAAAAAAACUUGAUUGCUGCUGGUACAUUAUGGAGGUUUAAGUUGUAGGUGGAAGAGCCCUAUGGCACAGUGAUUAAAGUGCUUAGUAAUGGGUUUGGUUUGAGUUUUGGUUGUCAGUGACGCGCCAGCUGACAAGUUGGAUUUUGGUGUCCUUACGAUUUUUUUUUUUUUUUUUUACAAUGUUAGGAGAAAUAGAUGUAGCCAAUCCUUUAUUAUUGCAAUUUAUUAAAAUCUUGAUUUGCUUUUACUGGGGAGAGACAAUAAAAUCCGUUUGUGGUCUUGUCCUGGGGACAUAUAAAACCACACCCCCCGCCCCCACUCUCUGCCAACGUGCUGUUAAGAGGAAUUUAAAUAGAAACACAGACUUCUGUUUAUGGCCUGCAGGGAAUGAGUGAUUAAGCAAGAAAACAAUGAAGGCUCUUCCUAAACUCGCCUGUUGAGCAACACAGUCUGGCAUUUCCACACACACACACAAAUGACCUAUACAGCCCUCUCAAUUUAAACCUCUGUUGUAGCCUAAUUCACAGGUCAUGUGCUUUUUUUGGCUGAUACCUCCUCAUAGGUCACCUGUAGACCAGGAACUUUUAUCUGAGAAAAGUAAUGACUGGAUUCCCAAAAAGCCCUUACGUAGGUAACGUCAAGAGUUUUUACCUGUUACCAAAAAACAAUGUACACUUUCUUCUACUCAAGUAUAUGAAGUCAAAAGUUUUACACCUUUUCGAAGUACACUUUGUGUUACAAGAACAGGGAAGUUCCCAAUACAUUGUGCGAAUGAGUAACCAGUAUCUAGUUUUUCUCAUUCAAGUAGAUGAAGUCAUAGGACUUUCACCUCUUAACACAAAAUCCUUUAUUAAAAGCCUGGGAGUGUUUCUCAUACAUUCUCUGAGUGAGAAAGUAUACAGUUUCUCCCAUUCAAGUACGUAAAAUAAUACGAGUUUUACGUUUUAUCGAAAACCAGUUUGUGGUACAAGUACCGGAAUGUUCCCAGUACAUUGUGUGGAUGAGAAGACAAUGUCCAGUUUCUUGCAUUCAAAUACAUAAGUCAAAAAAUGUUUCUUUUUUUUUUUUAUUGUUCUGUAAGUGAAAGUUUACAAAUCAAGUCAGUCUCAUACAAAAAUUUAUAAACACCUUGCUAUAUACUCCUAGUUGCUCUCCUCCCUAAUGAGCCAGCACACUCCUUUCCACUCUCUAUUUUUCUAUUUUUCGUCCAUUUGGCCAGUGUCUGACCCCCUCGGCCCUCUCAUCUCCCAGACAGGCGCUGCCCACAUAACCUCAUGUGUCUCCUAGAGCCAAGAAGCUCACUCUUCACCAGCAUCACUUUCUGUCCCAUAGUCCAGUACAAUCUCUGUCUGAAGAGUUGGCUUUGAGAAUGGUCCCUGUCUUGGGCUAACAGGAGGUGUGGGGACCAUGACCUCCAGGGUCCUUCUGGUCUCAGUCAGACCAUUAAGCCUGGUCUUUUUAUGAGGAUUUGAGGUCUGCAUCCCACUGCUCUCCUGCAUCCUCAGGGAUUCUCUGUUGUGUUUCCUGUCAGGACAGACAUCGGUUAUAGCCGGGCACCAUCUAGCUCUUCUGGUCUCAGGCUGAUGUAGUCUCUGGUUUAUGUGGCCCUUUCUGUCUCUUGGGCUCAUAAUUACCUUGUAUCUUUGGUGUUCUUCAUUGUUGUUUGCUCCAGGUGGGUUCAGACCAAUUGAUGCAUCUUAGAUGGCUGCUUGCUAGCAUUUAAGACCCCGGAUACCACCCGUCAAAGUGGGAUGCAGAAUGUUUUCUUAAUAGAUUUUAUUGUGCCAAUUGACUCAGACGUCCCCUGAAACCAUGGUCCCGACACCCCCACCCCUGCUACACUGGCAUUCGAAGCAUUCAGUUUAUUCAGGAAACUUCUUUGCUUUUGGUUUAGUCUAGUUGUGGUGACCUCUCCUGUAUUGUGUGUUGUCUUACCGUUCACCUAAAAUAGUUGCUGUCUCCUAUCUAAUUAGUGAAUACCCUUCUCCCUCCCUAUUCCCCACUCUUGUAAAUUUUCUUCUCUGUUUAAAUUAUUUCUCCAGUUCUUAAAAUAGUGGUCUCAUACAGUAUUUGACCUUUUGCAACGAAUUUCACUCAGCAUAAUGCCUUCCAGAUUCCUCUAUAUUAUUAAAUGUUUUGUGGAUUCAUCAAUGUUCUUUAUCAAUGUUUAGUAUUCCAUUGUGUGAAUAUACCAUAAUUUAUUUAUCCAUCUGUUGAUAGGCACCUUGGUUGCUCCCAUCUUUCUCCUAUUGUAAACAGGGCUGCAGUGAACAUGGGCGUGCAUAUAUCUGUU